CUGUGAGGACGAAAUAUACGACUUCACCCUCAAAGCGGUUACGGCUGUCUACGUCCACUUUCUCCGGGGAUUGCCAAGGGAUUUCAAUGUUUGGCCCGUUCUCUUGUUUCUGUGCUGAUUCGGAUCGCACAUAUAUGGCGUUUGCAACUGUCUGUGGAGAGUUCUGCCAGGCUCAGCACCUCACCUUUGUGGACAAGUGAAUUUUUUGCCACCUGCGGGACUACGCUACCCAGAAGCCUCCGUGAGAGCCACCACGCUGGGUCCAGUCUGUUUAUCUUAUACCCUCGUGGGACCACGUGUAGUCCAGCAUAUUCAAGCACACCCGCCUCAUUUCCUCCCUACAGAUUUUUUUUCUCUCUGUAGCCAAAAAGAACUCUUCUCCUGAAUGGGACAUCUUGCCAACAUGAACCGCCCUGCCGCUGUUGAGAUUUCCUAUGACUGCAUGAAAUUCCUCAUCACACACAACCCCACCAACUCCACUCUCAACAAGUUCACUGAGGAACUAAAGAAGUUUGAGGUGAACACACUGGUUAGAGUAUGUGAAGCCACCUAUGACAAGGCGCCAGUGGAGAAGGAGGGCAUUCAGGUCCUGGACUGGCCCUUUGAUGAUGGAGCUCCACCCCCAACCCAGAUUGUAGAUGAUUGGUUCAACUUACUGAAAACUAAGUUCCGAGAGGAGCCGGGAUGCUGCAUCGCUGUUCACUGUGUUGCGGGCUUAGGCCGUGCACCUGUGCUGGUGGCCUUAGCCUUAAUUGAGUGUGGCAUGAAGUAUGAAGAUGCGGUGCAGUUUAUAAGACAGAAGAGACGUGGAGCCUUCAACUCCAAACAGCUUCUUUACCUCGAAAAAUACAGGCCUAAAAUGCGUCUGCGGUUCAAGGAUGCCAACGGUCACAACUGCUGUGUCCAGUAGUGCGCCAUUCUGUCAGUCAUAGAAAACCUAUAGUGGGAAGUUCAACCAGGGUAGAGGGGAGAAAAAAAGCAGUGGGUUGUAAUUGUGGUGAUUUUAUCAAAUGAAUCAUGGUUAAUCAAUCACAGUGAUGGAAUGAAUAAAAAGCUGAUCUUUUGAAUUCACCAGCAGUAUCCAUGAGAAGGGUCAAAGCACACAGACAAGCCCACAACGUGUAGUUGUCAUGGGCAAGAAUAUACACGAGUUUCCCCCCAGUUCCCAAAUAUCCAAUCACGGGAUGACUUUUUAUUUGACAUUAUUUUAGAAUGAAUAAUUUGAUGAAAAGAUUUACAGUUGUAAAAGGCUGUCAUUGUUGAUUUGUAUUAUGAAUUUUGCUAUUGGGCAUGUUUAUUUACGGUAUUUUUCUUUUUUUUUCCUUUCUUUUUUUACUGAAUAAAUUCUAAAGUAGGCAUAUGAUAUAUUUGCACACAACAAACUUUUUAAAGAAGUUCCUAUCCAUUGCAGCAAAUGCCCCCUUCAAAUCACUUUUAAUUUAGGGUUAGCUUAUGUUUUAAAUAUAUCAGCUGUAUUUAUUCACUAUAAUUAGUGUCUUGUCAGGAGUGUGGCUGGGGUCAUGAAACUUCUUUUUUUCUCUCCUUUUUCCUUUCAUGGAGCCAUGUUAUUUUGUCUUGUUUUCUUCAUCUCUGGGGAGUGCAAUAUUCAGUCCAGCUUAGAAAAGCCCUCACCCUUAGGACCGUCCUAAAUCCAAAUUCAAAUACAGUAGACACUGUUUGAAAUACAGGAAGAUACUUGGCUUGUCUUAGUACUCACUUCCUAUAGCUGCUCUUUGUUGGCUGCUCAGUGAAAAGUUUUAAUGUUGGCCUGACCAUUGGCAACCACACAUAACAUAACAUGUGUACACUUCUGUCACCCUACUGUUCAGCCCACAGACACACUUGAGGAAGUGAGAGGAGGGAGACUGGUCAGCUCUGGCUUUAUUUUCUAUCAUUGUGCCCAUUUUGAAAACACCCCCAUUUCAUCUUGGUUUUAAGAUAAAUAAAUCAUUUGAAAUUGA